UACACAAAGCAUGUUCGACGAAUGUCUGUAACGGGGAAAGGUGGACUUCGGUUUUGUUGACGACUUUAUGAGAAUAAAUACGUACGUCAAGGGCGAUGUCUUCAGCAGAGAAGUCGCCAGAUCAGCCACAGGUCGAUGUCCCCAGUGACACCAUGGUCGGGUUCAUCGGGGCGGGCAAAAUGGCACACGCCAUGGCAAAAGGUUUCAUUUUGUCAGGUGCAGUUAAAGCUUCCAACAUAAUUGCAAGUUGUCCUCACCCGAAUGAGUCGUCUGUCAAGGAUCUGGGUGUGAGUGUCAUCCCUGACAACAAGGAGGUUGUCCGUCGUAGCUCGGUUGUCGUGAUCGCGGUCAAGCCAAACAUCGUCCCAAUCAUCUUGAAAGAGUUGUCGUCCAUCAUCACCCAGAAAAACAUGUUGAUUUCCAUAGCGGCAGGGAUUCCACUGAAAACUAUAGAAAACUAUCUUCCCUCUGGGUCACGCGUGCUGCGGGUGGCGGUCAACACUGCAGCGUCGGUACAGGCAGGUGUUACGGUUGUUGCCAAGGGAACAGCUACCUUGGAUACGGACAGUAGGCUGGUCGUAAAUCUGAUGAAAAGUGUUGGGAUAUGCGAGGAAGGUCCUGAAAAGUAUCUCGAUGCUGUGGGAGCAGUGAGUGGAUGUGGCGUCGCCUAUGCCUUCAUGGCGAUAGAAGCAAUGGCGGACGGAGGGGUGAAGAUGGGCUUGUCACGAGAUCUCGCUAUAAGAUUCGCCGCUCAGGCAUUAAUGGGUGCUGGAAAGAUGGUUUUAGAAACCGGAAAACAUCCAGGACAGCUGAAAGAUGAAGUUUGCUCACCAGGUGGAACCACCAUAGCCGCUGUACACAAGCUGGAGAAGGCGGGGUUCAGAGGUGCUUUGAUUGACGCUGUGGAAGCAGCCACUUUACGAUCACAUGAACUUGCUAAACAAUAAUGUUUAAAAUCAUUCAGAAUGUACAUUCUAGUGCUCUGAAAAUAUUGGAGGAAUGUACAACAGAAGAAGAAAAAUGAUAGAGACUGCCUUAAGUUCAGCUGGCCUCAGACCACAAUUAAUUUCGCUAUAUGUUUCUAUAUAGCCUUAGUGGCUAUAACAUUUUUAUUAAUAUCAGCAGGCCCGUGAAGUUUUGUAUGUACCUUUGCCUGCAUGGGGGACAC